GGAGAGCUGACGCUGAGAACAGCGACCUCAGGCGCACCCAGACGCACAGAGACGCCGCAGACACAUCCACAAUGGCGCUAUCAAAUGUCUUCGAACCCCCAGCAGCCGGCUUUAAUUUCGACAACGCAGCGAGAAAUGCUGCUUUAGAGGGUCUGUUUGAAGGAGGAAAGAAGCCUAAAGCUCUGAAAACAGGCACAACGAUUGCAGGAGUGGUGUUCAAGGAUGGGGUGGUGCUGGGAGCAGACACCAGAGCGACAUCCAGCGAAGUGGUUGCUGACAAGAUGUGUGCCAAAAUCCAUUAUAUUUCUCCCAAUAUAUACUGUUGUGGAGCAGGUACAGCCGCAGACACAGAAAAAACCACAGAUCUACUCUCCUCCAACCUCAGCAUCUUCUCUCUGAACAGCGGGAGGAACCCUCGUGUCAUUAUGGCCGUCAACAUACUUCAGGAUAUGCUGUACAGGUAUCAUGGUCAAAUUGGUGCCAGUCUCAUUCUGGGAGGUGUUGAUUGCACUGGGAACCACCUGUACACAGUGGGACCUUAUGGGAGUGUAAAUACGAUGCCUUACCUUGCAAUGGGAUCUGGGGAUCUGGCUGCUCUUGGAAUUCUAGAGGAUGGGUUCAGGCCCAACAUGGAGCUGGAGAAGGCAAAAGAGCUUGUGCGUGUUGCCAUCCAAGCUGGAAUCAUGAAUGACCUUGCUUCAGGUCACAACAUUGACAUAUGUGUCAUCACCAAAGAAGGAGUGGACUACAUCAGACCUUAUCAGGAGUCAGAGUUCAAAGACAUCAGGAAAACAAAAUAUAGAUACCGCCAUGGCACUACACCAGUUCUAUCUGAAAAAGUCACCCCGUUGAAGUUGGAAGUCGUGCAGGAGACGGUACAACAGAUGGACACAGCCUGAUACUAAACACAACAGUUCCAUCACAUUUUACCGUAACACAACUGUUGAUUUUAUUUCACUACUUUACCCUAGAUAAGUUCAUCUGUUUAAUAAACAUCUCAGAUAUUUUCUUGGCAUUGUCAUUAUGAUUUCAACUCUGCUCUGCAGCCCCACUGUAAGCAGGAUGACUUCUACCAGGCCACAGUGGAAACGUUAUAAUAAGCCUGUUAUUAAACUAUUUUCACAAUGUGUUACCAA